UGAGGGUUGGUUUAUUUUUUCCUUUUGCAAAGUCUUGAAAAUAAUUAAAUUUUGAUUGAUCUCAUUUCGCAGGCAAGCUCUCAAACCCUUCAACUGCCAUAAUUAUUUACUAACGAAUGCCUCGUAUGUUGAUCACAGAUUUUGAGCACAAUUUGGAUAAGCAAGAUCCUGUUGACUUUGUGACGCCAAAUCAACCAGAGCAGCCUGCAGAAAGCUGCACUAAAUGUGAAGUGGGAGAAUGUUGUGCUAUUUUUGUUGAGGAUGAUAUGGAUGAUAAAUCACCUAAAGGAAGAGGGCAUAGGAGAAAGAGGAGAGCACGUGCAUUGUGUUCCCCAUUCACCAAUCCCUUAAAGAGAAGGAAGUUGUUGAAUGUGAAGGUGUUUGAACCGUUUCGAGAAGUGGAUCCUGCAAAAGUCAGUGAUCUCACAAAGUGGUUGGAAAAAGCUUCACCAAGGUAAUGUAUUCUCUUCUUAACCUUCUCCUAGUGCUCUUCGGUCUUCACUGAAGUUUUGAUUUUUCUAUCGUCUCUAUUAUACAGUGACGAUAUGCCAUUAGCAA